AUGAUCAAAGUCACUUCUGCACAUGUCAACCCUGCGACAUCAAAUAACAACUCAUCGUCAUCUUCAUCCUCAUCAUCAUCUUCUUCUUCUCCAAAGAAUCAAGCGAUUGUAGCUAGUCCUGAUCCCAAUACAUCACAUCAAAAACGGCAUAAAACCUCAUUGGAUUUCAUCUGUUCACCUUCAAGACCUUCCGCAUCACCUUCGUCAACAUAUAUAUCAAGGGGUAGCUGCACGCCUAGAGCAUCGUCACCUACUUACAUGUCACCUAAACCAUCAUCACCACCACCACCCUCGAUAUUCGCUUCUACCUCUUCAUCGAGUCAUAUAAAGUCUUCGUCAGGAUGUAAGAAAUCAUUGGAAAGUCUUCCACGGGAAUUGUUAGCUUUGGUAGCGUACAAUGUGAUGGUGGAUGAAAACGGCGUCGGACAUCAUCCAUCUCGGUUGUUUCCGCUAUACUUAACAUCGAGAUCCAUCUACGAAUCAAUAUGUUUCGAUAAUAAUCCUCAGUUGUAUAAUACUCUUUUUAGAGCGACCUUCGAUACUUCAGCCUUGGAUAGGAGGUAUCAAUGGAUGAAGAAAAAUCUUUUGAAACCACCGGCAAGUGGGAAAGCGGGUGCGAUCAACAAAGGUAACGAGAAAGGAAAAGCAAUGUUUGAUCUAUUUGCAGAUCCAAGAAGUUUUGCCAUAGAUUAUAGGACAAGAUGGGAACAAAGUUGGAGAAUGCGUCAAGUAGCCAAAUAUUGUCGGAUUGAGAUACCUGGAAUUUGCGAUAAAGAAGCUUAUGUAGCGGAUUUAUGGAAUGUUUGGUUCCUUUUAACCGAGAAUGAUUCAAAGAAUCUCCACUUCUUGAACACCCAAUGUAGUCUCCGCGAAUUCAUCCUUGCCUUCUAUAAAGAGAAUCUUCUCAAAGAAUCUUUAGUUCCUGGAUAUCCCCGAGAUUCGGGCGAUAAAGCUUUGGCAGUUUGGUGUUGCCUUUUAGCUGGAAUGGAUGAUCUCGGUGAAGAUAGCCCUGCAGAUGUAGAUGAGAAGAUCUUCCUCCUCCGGCCUUAUGUCUUCGCAUGUGCCAAGUAUGAUAUAACGUAUGCACCUUGGCAACAUCGACAGCUGCCAUUUUGUGCGCCCGGUUGUACGGAUCAUGAAACAGACGCAUCCAUUCGAUCAAAAGCGAUGACAUACAAACGAUUUGGAUAUACAUGGAAGAGAGCCCCACCUCAAUUCGUAUUAGGGAUUUAUCUGAUAUUUAUGAGAUUACUCGAGAGACAACCUGAUAGAGUCGGACUAAAAGCUGGAAGUUCCGCAUUUUCCUUAUCACCUUUUGAAGCUACUUUACCUGGAUUAUUCUCCGCAUUUAAAACAGCACCUUCGAUUGAACAUGAUAGAGAAUGGCAAAGAAAUACAAUGUGUCAAGAUCCUCAUACAUCACCAGGAUUACCACCUUUAUCGUUCCUGGGUCAAGUUCAAGGUUACUGGAGAGGUAAAUUCUUAUUCUACGAUUUCGAUUUAUACAGACAGAUAUUAGCUGGAAAUAUGCGCGGAGUAUAUACUGGGACUUUUGCAGAACAAGUAGCAGAAUUCGAGUUGAAAGAAACGAUUAUCAAAUUACCGAAAGAUAAAUUAGGUGGUGAUGGUCCGUUACUCGCGGCUGGUUUCGCAGAUGUGUUUGAAGAGACCGACGAGGAGCAGAAAAAGAUCAAGGGAGGAUAUGGCUUCGAAUUGUCGGAUGAGAAGGAGGAUGUUCCGUUAGGUUGGACAAAAGAGAUUCUUCUCAGUGGUAAAGCUCGAACAAGUUGGGGUUGGGCAAAGAUCAGAGGUAGAAUUAGAUCAUGGGAUGGUUUGGUCAUCAUAGAAAUGACUUACUCUCGUCACGUCAUGGGUAGAUGGAUGUGGAAAGGUUAUUUACAUACCGGUGGAUAUUUGGCAGGAAGAUGGCGAGAUACUUUCACGGCUGAGAAUCUGAGAGGCUACGAAGGAGCUUUUGGAAUGAUUCGAGCGGGUGAUUCACUCUAUCCUGAUCAUUUCCCAAAACGGAUGGAAGAUUCUUUGGGAGUCAACGCAAACGCCCCUCCACCUGCGAAUCAAUCUUCUCAAACCCGCACCCAGCCAUCAGUACGAGGGGAUGGAUCUGCCAUACCUACGCCUACUGUAGAGACUGACCAGAGUCAAGGCAGAUCUCCGAACGCAAAUGUCAGUGCAACCCCUGUUGGACACGGACAUAUUUGUGGUUAG